GUAGCUAGAAUUUACAGAGCCACCGGCCAAAUCAAGAGAAUUAAGAGCCCACGCUUUUCACUCCCGGGCUCCCGGCCCCUCCUACCAAUUUCCUCAACCUCAAUAGUGACUCAGUGCUCGCCGGCGACGCAAAGGCAUCCCCCCGCCGGGCUCCAUCUAUGCGCUGAUCCAAGCCAAGGGAGGCGCCGUGAGCCAUGUACUCGGCGAACCACUGGGGCGGGUCGUUCGAGAUCGCCACCGACGGGGCGUCGGAGGACGACGACAGCGGGAACAUGGACCUCGACCCCGGCGCGGUGUCGGCGGCGCGGCAGCACCGGCACGAGCUGGACGAGACGCAGCAGGGCUGGCUGCUGGGCCCGCCGGCGGCCGAGAAGAAGAACCGGCACGUCGACCUCGGCUGCGUCGUCGUCAAGCGCAAGGUCCUGUGGUGGGCGUUCUGGGGCCUCGCCGCCGGCUUCGUCAUCGUCGGCCUCCCCGUCAUCGUCUCCAAGUCCAUCCCCCGCAGGGCUCCCCGCCCGCCGCCGCCGGACCAGUACGCCGAGGCGCUGCGCAAGGCGCUCCUCUUCUUCAACGCCCAGAAAUCCGGCCGGCUUCCGAGGAGCAACGGCAUCCCGUGGCGCGGGGACUCUGGUCUGAAGGACGGCUCCGACGCCGCGGACGUCAAGGGCGGCCUCGUCGGCGGCUACUACGACGCCGGCGACAACAUCAAGUUCCACUUCCCGAUGGCCUUCUCCAUGACGCUGCUCAGCUGGUCGCUGGUCGAGUAUAGCGCCAAGUACAAGGCCGUCGGGGAGUACGACCAUGUCAGGGAGCUCAUCAGGUGGGGCACUGACUAUCUGCUUCGCACCUUCAACUCCUCCGCUUCCACCAUCGGCCAUGUCUACGCUCAGGUGGGUGCUGCAAAGAUCAAUGGCAGGACGCCGGACGAUCAUUACUGCUGGAACCGGCCCGAGGACAUGGCGUACCCUCGCCCCUCCCUGGCGGUGAGCUCGGCCCCCGACCUCGGCGGCGAGAUCGCCGCGGCCCUGGCGGCCGCCUCCAUCGCGUUCCGCGACGACGACGCCUACUCCAGGAAGCUCGUCCACGGCGCGGCCACCAUGUACGACUUCGCCACGCGCGGCUCGGCGAGCGACCAGCAGCAACCCACCUACUCCGGCCACCGGCCGGAGAUCGAGCCCUUCUACAACUCCACAAGCUACUGGGACGAGCACGUCUGGGGCGCGGCGUGGAUGUACUACGCCACGGGCAACAGCAGCUACAUCGCCACCGCCACCGCCCCGGGGCUCGCCGCGCGCGCCAGGGCCUUCGACGACAUCCUCGACCUCUCCGUGUUCAGCUGGGACAACAAGCUCCCCGGCGCCGGCCUGCUCCUGUCGCGGCUGCGCAUGUUCCUCAACCCCGGCUACCCCUACGAGCAGUCGCUCGCCGGCUACCACACGGCCGCCGGCCUGGGCAUGUGCAAGUGCUUCCGGCGCUUCGCCGCCUUCAACUUCACCGGGGGCGGCCUGGCGCUCUUCAACCACGGCCGGGGCCAGCCGCUGCAGUACGCCGUCGCCAACGCCUUCCUCGCCGCGCUCUACGCCGACUACCUGGAGGCAGUCAACGUCCCCGGCUGGUACUGCGGCCCCAACUUCAUGGCCGCCGGCGACCUCCGGGCGUUCGCCAGGUCCCAGCUCGACUACAUUCUCGGCGACAACCCGAGGAAGAUGAGCUACGUGGUGGGCUACGGCGGCAGGUACCCGCGGCACGUGCACCACCGGGGCGCGUCGACGCCGCGUAACCGCGGCAAGUACUCGUGCACCGGCGGGCGCAGGUGGCGCGACACCAAGAAGGCGGACCCGAACGUGCUCACGGGCGCCAUGGUGGGCGGGCCGGACCGCCACGACAGGUUCAACGACUCGCGCAUGGCCUUCGGGCAGACCGAGCCGACGCUGGUGGGAAACGCCGGGCUCGUGGCCGCGCUGGUGGCCGUCACCAGCAGCGGCGGCGCCGUCGGCGUCGGCGCCGUCGACAAGAACAGCAUGUUCUCUGCCGUGCCGCCGAUGUUCCCGGCCACGCCGCCACCGCCGCCCGCGUGGAAGCCGUGAGGGAUGCCAUCGCGGGCCACGGCCAUCGGACGUUGGGUAACUGGAAGUCUGGAACGGAGUCGACAGUACCUUCCCUCUAUAGUCAAAAUAGUCAGAGACCGCGUAGACUUUCGUCAGAAAUUUGAGAGUUUGAGACGGACAAAGAUCAGGCGGUGCGGCCCCCUUCGCAUAAUUGAGGCCCAUUACUGGGGUAUUUGGGUUUUGAAUGGGCCAUGCUUUAGCCUGGUCUGGAAUCAACCGUUCUUCGCAGUAUCGAGGCAGUCCAGCGUUCAGUUGUCGGCUAAAUAGUGAAUCCCAUAUUAUCUUCUUUUUUAAUAAUGGAAUCCCAUCUAUUAAGUGGAAUCGUCAAAACUCA